UUUGGUGCUGAGACUCCAAUGCUGCGGUGCCAAAAUCAAACGUAGAUUAUGCCAUCUCAACUCUUUAUUUGAAGCAUGAAGACCUGAGGAUAAUAUAAACGGCAUGGGCAAAGACAUAAAGCCCCAUCAUCAUCAUCCAUAUAGUAUCCUCCUUUCGUAGUCAGGAAUCGUAUUUUCAUCUCUUCAGAUGGCACAUCUUGCAGCCUCUCCCCGACUGUAGCAGCUCUUCUAAACGCAUCGGAUCUAAGAAAGCGCAGGUGUGCCUGGUGUCAAGCUGGUUUUUGGCUUGGGGUGAGGUUACUUCCAUACGGGGGAAGUCUGUAUUUGAAGAGCCGAUGUGCGUUUGAAGUGGUGAAGGAGGAGGAAAGCAAGAAAACUGUGACACUCUGGCGCGAGGCUCAACGAAUCACUGGAUCUUACAUUUUUACCUCAGGAGCAAUGUCAUCUCAAACGAAGACCAAGAAAGACAAGGAGAUCAUUGCGGAGUAUGAAACGCAAGUGAAAGAAAUCCGUAAUCAACUGGUGGAGCAGUUCAAGUGUCUGGAGCAGCAGUCGGAGGCUCGGAUCCAGCUGUUACAGGACCUGCAAGAGUUUUUCCGCCGCAAGGCCGAGAUUCAGCUGGAGUAUUCACGUAGUCUGGAUAAACUAGCCGAGAGGUUUUCGUCAAAGAUUCGCGGCCCGAGGAAAGAACAGCACCUUCUUUCGUCGGUAAACUGCUGGUAUUUGGUACUGAACCAGACUCGAAGAGAAAGCAGAGAUCAUGCCACGCUUAAUGACAUCUACAUCAACAACGUCAUUGUUCGCCUGGCUCAGAUUAGCGAUGAUGUCAUCAGGCUCUUCAAAAAGAGUAAAGAAAUUGGGAUUCAGAUGCACGAGGAGCUAGUGAAAGUGACAAACGAGCUGUAUACUGUGAUGAAGACGUAUCACAUGUACCAUACGGAGAGCAUCAGCGCGGAGAGCAAGCUGAAGGAUGCUGAAAAACAAGAGGAAAAGCAAUUUAGCAAGUCUGGAGACCUCAACGUCAACCUCCUGCGCCACGAGGACCGACCCCAGCGCCGCAGCUCUGUCCGGAAGAUUGAAAAGAUGAAGGAAAAGAGGCAAGCCAAGUACUCAGAGAACAAGCUGAAAUGCACAAAAGCCCGUAAUGACUAUUUAUUGAACCUGGCAGCCACCAACGCCGUUGUGGCGAAAUAUUACAUCCACGACGUUUCGGAUAUGAUUGAUUGCUGUGACCUCGGAUAUCAUGCUAGCUUGGCACGCACGUUUAGGACGUACCUAUCUGCUGAGUAUAACCUGGAGACCUCCCGUCAUGAGGGUCUGGACGUCAUUGAGAAUGCUGUGGACAACCUGGACCCUCGCAGCGAUAAGCACAAGAUCAUGGAUAUGUACAAUCAAGUCUUUUGCCCGCCGAUGCGCUUUGAGUUCCUGCCGCACAUGGGAGAUGAGGUGUGCCAGGUGAGUGCCCAACAGCCAGUGCAGACGGAGCUACUGAUGCGUUACCACCAGCUGCAGUCACGCCUGGCCACGCUCAAGAUUGAAAAUGAAGAGGUACGCAAGACCCUGGAUGCCACCAUGCAGACCUUACAAGACAUGCUGACAGUGGAAGACUUUGAUGUGUCAGACGCCUUCCAGCACAGCCGAUCCACAGAGUCCAUUAAAUCUGUUGCUUCCGAGAGCUAUAUGAGCAAGUUAAACAUCGCUAAGAGGAGAGCCAAUCAGCAGGAGACGGAAGUUUUCUACUUCACUAAAUUCAAGGAGUACCUGAACGGCAGCAACCUCAUCAUUAAACUGCAGGCCAAGCAUGACCUGCUGAAGCAGACCCUGGGGGAAGGAGAAAGGGCCGAAUGUGGAACUACAAGACCCCCAACCCUUCCUCCGAAACCACAGAAAUUGCGAAAACCAAGGCCUCGCUCCAUCUAUAACCAUAAGCUGUUUAAUGGCAAUAUGGAGAGUUUCAUUAAGGAUUCAGGUCAACCCAUUCCUCUGGUGGUGGAGAGCUGCAUACGAUACAUUAAUCUAUAUGGGCUGCAGCAACAAGGCAUAUUUAGAGUUCCUGGAUCUCAGGUGGAAGUGAACGAUAUUAAAAAUUCAUUUGAGAGGGGUGAAGACCCACUGGUGGAUGAUCAGAGCGAUCACGACAUCAACUCAGUGGCAGGUGUUUUGAAACUCUACUUUAGAGGUCUGGAAAACCCUCUGUUCCCUAAGGAGCGCUUCUUAGAUCUCAUCUCCACCAUCAAGCUUGAAUCGUCCGCGGAGAGAGCUCACCACGUCCAGCAGAUAGUAGUCACCCUUCCUCGUACCGUCAUCAUCGUCAUGAGAUACCUAUUUGCAUUUCUCAAUCACCUGUCCCAGUACAGUGAUGAGAACAUGAUGGACCCAUAUAACCUAGCCAUCUGUUUCGGACCCACUCUGAUGCCCAUUCCGGACGGUCAGGACCCCGUGGCCUGCCAGGCUCAUGUUAAUGAGGUCAUCAAGACCAUCAUCAUCAACCAUGAAGUCAUCUUCCCCAGUCACCGUGAGCUGGAUGGUCCUGUCUAUGAGAAAUGCAUGACUGGAGGAGAGGAGUACUGUGACAGCCCUCACAGUGAACCGGGCACCAUUGACGAAGCAGACAACGGCACGGAGCCGCACACUAGCGAUGAUGAGGUGGAGCAGAUUGAGGCAAUCGCAAAGUUUGACUACACGGGUCGUACUCCUCGAGAGCUGUCAUUUAAAAAAGGCGCAUCCCUCUUGCUUUAUCAUCGUGCGUCUGAAGACUGGUGGGAAGGCCGACACAAUGGUGUUGAUGGACUUAUACCUCACCAAUACAUUGUGGUACAAGACCUGGAUGAUGCAUUCUCUGAUAGUUUGAGCCAGAAGGCGGACAGCGAGGCCAGCAGUGGACCUUUACUAGAUGAUAAAGCCUCAUCCAAAAAUGAUCUUCAGUCUCCAUGCGAACCCUCAUCUGAAUACAGCUUCAGCGGGGUCAUGGGACGGGUUCGGUUGCGUUCUGAUGGGUCUGCUGUUCCCCGGCGUCGCAGCGGGACGGAUGCACACAGCCCUCCCCGGGACACACCUCCACGGGCCGCCGCCUGCCCCAGCAGCCCCCAUAAGAUUGCAGUCAGUCGAGGCCACAUAGAAAGUCCAGAGAAGAGACGUUUGGGGACCUUCGGCAGUGCCGGUAGCAUUAACUACCCCGAGAGAAAGAUCUAUCCUGAGGGUCAUCCUCUCAGGCCUGUCCCAGGAACAACAAGACACAGUAGUCUAGGAGACCAUAAGUCCUUGGAGGCUGAAGCUUUAGCAGAGGACAUCGAGAAGACAAUGAACACUGCGCUUCACGAGCUACGCGAACUGGAACGCCAAAACACGGCCAAACAGGCUCCUGACGUGGUUCUGGAUACCCUAGAACCCCUCAAGAACCCCGUGAGCUCCGAGCCGGCGAGUCCCUUACACACCAUCAUGAUUCGAGACCCCGACGCAGCCCUGAGACGCAGCAGCAGUUCCACCUCCGAGAUGAUGACCACCUUUAAACCGGCGCUGUCCGCGAGGCUUGCGGGAGCCCAGCUCAGACCUCCGCCCAUGCGGCCCGUUCGACCCCCACCCACACAGCACCGCUCAAGCAGCUCUAGCUCCUCUGGGAUGGGAAGUCCAGCAGUGACCCCGACGGAGAAGAUGUUUCCGAGCAAUGCUGCUGCAGCAUCCUCCGCCAACUCAGGAGAGAAACCCGGAACCAUGUAGCCUCGGUGGUACGGCGUAGCGGCCGUCAUCUGUGAGAUAGCGGCGGAGCAGAAUAGUCACGCCCAGGCCAGGAAAUUCAGGUUUUGAAAAAGCUGUACCCCUGUUUUCUUUUUGUUCUUUUUUUGAGCCUUGGAAAGUUCGAUGCAUGUGCUCUGAUAUGUUGAGCCUUGGGGCGUGCAAUGCAAAUCGGGUCUGGCUCAGGUGAUUUUUUUCCAGUUCUGUUACUACUUUCUGUGAAUAAAAGUGGCAAAAGCCUACACUUUUAACAAGUUAACAGGGUGACGGUGAUGUAUGAUGAAAAUAUGUAAUAGAGGGAAAGCUGGAAGUAAAAUUAAGACAAUUUUUUUGUUUUGACCUUUUAGACAUUGCUUGUUUUAGUUAGAGAAAAAUUACAUUUGUUUGCAAAAUAAUACGUUUUGUUAUUCGAAAGGGUAUGAACUCCAUCUCUCAUUGGAGGACUGUUGUGAGAUAGUCCCGCCUUCCAGAACUGGACUGUAAAUAUAUGAUAAAACCAAACUCACUCAAAGACAGCCAGCCUACAGCCGAGCUGUUGUAAAUAGAGAUAUACUGUACUUGAACUUGUAAUACUUUUCGUUUGUAGAAUAAGCGAUUAUAUUAAGUAACAUCAUAGCCAAGCUGUAAACAUAUAUGAGAUGCAGAAAACCAAUAUACCAACUAAUUUUAAGAUA